UAAGGAAGAUAUCACACGCUCCAUCGAACCCGUUCUCGUUUAAGGAAAAAUUAUUUGAGCUCGACCUAUUGUGGAAGCAACUUCUCAUAUAUACCUAGCCUUUGCAGCAACUGUCUCUCUCUCCCCUAUACAAGGGUUCUUCGCAGCAAACAUGCACCUAAUACUCACGGGAGCGACAGGCCUGGUCGGCUCUGGCGUCUUGGACGCGAUGAUCAAGAUGAAGGAUAUCACCAAGAUCUCCGUGCUCGCCCGGCGGCCGGUGCAGAUGGCCGAGGAUGCCAAGGACCCGCGCAUCAACGUCAUCAUCCACCAGGAUUUCACCAAGUACGAUGCCGACCUGCUCUCCCAGCUCAAGGGCGCCACCGGCUGCGUAUGGGCCCUGGGUAUCAGCCAAACCCAAGUUGGAAAGGAAGAAUACGUGAAGAUCACGAAAGACUACGCCCUAGCGGCGUCCGAGGCAUUCCAAACACUAGCGUCGGAGCAGCAGCCUUUCAACUUCGUGUACGUCUCGGGAGGGGGCGCCACGACGCAGCCGGGCCGGUUCUCGGCCAUCUUCGCCCGGACGAAGGGCGAGACGGAGCUGGCGCUGGCCGCGAUGCGGCGGGCGAACCCCCUGUUCCACGCGAGCUCCGUGCGCCCGGCCUUCGUCGACGCAGCGAGCCACGACGCCAUCAAGCCGUACAUCUCGGUCCCGUCGGCGGCCCUCCGGGCGGCCGGCUACGUGCUCGCGCCCGGGAUCCGGUACGGCCUCAAGAGCAUGUGGAGCCCGACGCCGGAGCUCGGCCGGUUCCUCGCCGAGGUGGCCAUGGGCAGGUACAAGGACCAGUUGAAGGCCAAGGACAUCCAGAUGGAGGGCGAGUUCCCGAUACUUGAGAACACGGCGUUUAGGCGCCUGUCGGGCCUCGACCGGAGCUGAGUCCGGGACGAUGUUAAAAAGAGAUUCCGCCUCAUGUGGUGCCACCUGGUGUGACGUGCCGAGGAAGUCGUGUUGUAUUAUACC